CAACACCGUUAAAGUACCUUUAUAUAUACCUUAAAGGAGGCCUUAAUUGUCUAUCACAAGCAACCUUCCUUAUAUCAAUUCUCCAAUCUAAUAUUCUCAAUUGUUAUCUCACCUUCAUGGCAACACAAAAUGUCUUAAAUCUUCAAAUUCCCGAAAACAAAUCUGUUGACGAAGGUUUUGACUACUCACGAAGGGGACAGUGGCUUCGUGCAGCUGUCCUAGGAGCCACCGAUGGUUUAGUGUCGGUUGCAUCCCUGAUGAUGGGUGUUGGAGCCGUGAAACAUGAGGUUAAAACCAUGAUUCUCACAGGUUUUGCUGGUCUUGUCGCAGGAGCGUGUAGCAUGGCGAUUGGAGAAUUUGUGUCGGUAUCCUCUCAGCUUGACAUAGAGGUUUCUCACAUGAAACGAGCCGCAUCAACCAACAAAGAAAGUAAGAGUGAACAGCUGCCAAACCCCGUGCAGGCGGCUGCAGCAUCAGCACUUGCAUUUAUAUUUGGGGCGAUAGUGCCUUUACUUGCUGCUUCUUUCAUAGUGAACCAUAAGGUAAGGCUGGCUGUGGUGGUGGCUGCAGUCACAAUUGCACUAGCGGUUUUCGGUUGGAUUGGAGCGCGUUUAGGGGGGACUCCUGUGGUGAAGUCUUGUGCUAGAGUUCUAGUGGGAGGGUGGAUGGCUAUGGCUAUUACCUUUGGGCUGACCAAGGGGGUCAGCUCUAGCACACUUUGACUUUAGAUAUGAUUGUUGUUUUUCUCAUCUUCUUGGUUUAUGACUGAAGUCUUCCUUUUGAAUUAUGGUGUUAUGAACAUUAAAUUUGAGUGUUUUUUAAAAAAAUAA